AUGGCCACCCGCGUGCCUAAAGUCUCCAGUGGUGGCGUUGUAAAGAUCCGCUACCAGAGCUUAGAAAUCGGCACUUCGCGAUGGAAGGAAGGAACUUUUGAGAUACUGGAAAAGGAUAACAAGAUAAGCCUGUGUUUGAGAUUCAGCUGCGGCGGGGUGACUAAAACAUUCCAGCUGUAUCAGAACGUGAAGAAAGUCACAUUCAACUGUAACAGAAUCAACCUGAUUUUGAAAGACAACAGCAGCAUUAUGCUUGACAAGAUGGCACCCACUUUGGCCCAGAAGACUCGAGACUAUUUGGAGAAGCUCAAGCAAGGAAAACCAAGUGUUUUAAAGUCGUCCCAUGGAAGUGUUAACUUCAGCUUACCGACCCGCCGCUCGGUGAAAAACGACAACCACCCAUCUGGGGAAGGACAGAUGUUAACAAGGCGGCAGAGUAUGGAGGGACAGGACGACUCGACGCCGCGGAAACCCCUGCGCAGCCCGAGCAGAGCAGCCUCCACGCCGACUAGAAGCGGACUUUCUGAGAACCGUGAAAAGAGAAAGCGACUCCUCACCCCUGAAAGUGACUUGACAGAAGACUACCCCAAAGAAAAUGAUUCGUCUAGCAACAACAAAGCCACUUUGGACCCAUCUCGGAAGUUUUUAAUGAGUUGCAAAGAUAAGCUAAAGCAGGCAGAGGACAACCGGAGUUUAGCUCCUCUCAGUUCGCCGACCCCCCUCGGGCCAUCUUCAUUCUACGGCAGUCGAUCUGUGACCAAGGAUUAUAGUCAGACCCACUCUUUUUCAGAAAGGCCUUCGAGUGCAUCCCUUACCCCUACAGCCAAGCGCAGUCUCCUGCUGCCAAAUCACUCCACUCCUUUCAAAAAAGUACGACCCUCUGUGGAUUAUGGCGGUUGGAACAAGCAGCGACCUUCCACGCCAGCCCAGUCGCAGCCACCACUGCAAGGAUUUUCAAAUUUGGGCAACACUUGCUACAUGAACGCCAUUCUCCAGUCGCUCUUCAGCCUCCCGUCUUUCUCCAAUGACAUGCUGAAGCAGAGCAUCCCUUGGAAGAAGGUGCCCGUCAAUGCAUUGCUCAGGCGUUUCGCUCAUCUGCUCGCUAAGAAGGACGUGGGCUGCCCUGAAACGCAAAAGGACCUGUUGAGAAAAGUAAAAAGUGCCAUCUCCUCCACCGCCGAGCGUUUCUCUGGAAAUAUGCAAAAUGAUGCUCACGAGUUCCUCAGCCAGUGUCUGGAUCAGCUGAAAGACGACGUGGAGAAAAUAAAUAAAAGCUGCUCAAGUGAAACCUCCGCAUCGUCGUCUUCGUCGGCGACGUGCGAGAGCAGCCACGGGGCCAAGGCGGACCUCGGCGAAGAAGCAGACACCUCUCGCAUCUACACUUGUCCCGUGGCUGUAAACAUGGAGUUCGAGGUGCAGCACACCAUCACCUGCAAAUGUUGUGGAGAAGUGGUGAUGAAGCGUGAGCAGUUCAACGACCUGUCGAUCGACCUUCCUCGCAGAAAGAACACCUUACCGCUGCGAUCCAUCCAGGAUUCCCUCGAUCUCUUUUUCAGGUUAGAAGAAAUUGAAUAUUCGUGUGAAAAAUGUAAUGGGAAAGCAGCUACCGUAACGCACAAAUUCAGCAAACUACCCAGAGUCCUCAUCCUCCACCUAAAACGGUACAGUUUUAAUGCCCACCUGUCUCUGAACAGCAAGCUGGGUCAACAAGUGGUGAUACCCCGCUACCUGACCCUACUGUCACAUUGCACCGACUCCACGCGGCCCCCCGUCACUCUCGGCUGGAGUUCCCAGGCGUCCAGAGCACUCAAAACCUCACAGUCACUCAGCUCAUCCACGGCACAACUCCGGAGAGUUGGAGGGAAGUUUGUCAAUUCUAACAACACAUCUGUGCUAGUGGACUCGGAUGGCGAGGAGGAGCUGAUCAGAAAGGUCAACCACAAAAGACGAAUCAGCACAAGCCUGCCAGAAGAUGACAAACGGCCAGAAGAGCUGGGAGUGGCUGUGGAUGCCGGAGAUUUUAGCGGAAUAAACGAUGAGGAAAUGUUGGAAGCCGUGCUGGAGAUCAGUCGCCAAGAAGCCAGUCUCGCCACUCCCUCUCCCCUGGACGAAGAACCCACGAGCAGCCCGGACACGGGCUUCGGAGACAUGGAUUCUCACGAACUGGCCUAUCACACAGAUUUGAUGGAUGCGGACAGUAAACAGCCUGCCGACGUGUUGGAUUCUUUGGACUUGACAAUGGACGAGAACAAGGAGAACCAAACCCCGGAGAGCUCGCAGGUGCAACAGGAAAUGGAUUGGGUCCAGCAAUACAACUUGGAUCAGGAAAGGGAGGAUCAAGAGUUGCAGCAAGCGCUGGCCCAGAGCCUCAAGGAACAUGAAGCCCAAGAGAUGAGAGAGGAGGAUGAUCUGAAGAGGGCCACAGAGCUCAGCUUGCAAGAGUUCAACAAUUCUUUGCCUGAGCUCAUGUGUUCGGAUGACGAUUCCGGCAACGAAGAGGUUCUGGACAUGGAGUACACGGAAGCGGAGGUCGAGAGCCUAAAGAGGAACGCCGAGUGUGGAGAAUUAGCCAACUCAUUUCGACUCAUCAGUGUUGUCAGCCACAUCGGGAGCAGCUCCUCCUCAGGACAUUACAUCAGCGACGUCUACGACAUGAAGAAGCAAUCGUGGCUGACGUACAACGACCUGGAAGUGUCGCGCACGCAGGAGGCAGCCGUUCAGCGAGAGCGUGACCGUAGCGGAUACAUCUUCUUCUACAUGCACAAGGACGUAUUUGAGCAGCUGUCUGAAUUGGAGAAGGCCCCCAGCAACAGCGUCUCAGAUCUGGCAAGAAACGUCCUGCAGCCCCUAUGA